GCCUGCGUGCUUCCGCUUUGUCCUGGCCAAGCCUUGGGGUCAAGGACCCACGGAGAAGCGUCGUCGUGGCCUCUUCACCUCUCUGAGCAGUGUCCCUGGAACCAGGUCAGAAACAUGAGUGGCAACAACUUAAGCGGGAAGGACGAGUUUGAUGAGCAGUUACGAAUGCAAGAAUUGUACGGAGACCCCAAAAACGAUGACACCCAGAAUGACUCUGGAGAAACGGAUUCUUUGGGACAACUGCCUGAUGACACUCCCUACGAAUGGGACCUUGAUAAGAAGGCUUGGUUUCCUAAGAUCACCGAAGAUUUUAUUGCUACGUAUCAGGCAAAUUACGGCUUUUCUAAUAACUGUGUAUCUAGUUCUACUGCAAAUGUCCAGGACACCAACAUGAAGACUGUAGAAGAACUGCAAAGAGAAAUCCCAGAAGCCACUGACUCCAAAAAGAGGGGUGAAAAGAGAAAGGCCGAUUCAGGAUGGUUCCAGGUUGAAGAAGACAGAAAUACAAAUGUAUAUGUGUCAGGUCUGCCUCCAGACAUCACAGUGGAUGAAUUCAUACAGCUUAUGUCCAAAUUUGGCAUUAUUAUGAGAGAUCCUCAGACAGAAGAAUUUAAGGUCAAGCUUUACAGAGAUAAUCAAGGAAAUCUUAAAGGAGAUGGGCUUUGCUGCUAUCUAAAGAAAGAAUCUGUGGAACUUGCACUAAAACUUUUGGAUGAAGAUGAAAUUAGAGGCUACAAAUUGCAUGUCGAGGUGGCAAAGUUCCAGCUGAAGGGUGAGUACGAUGCCUCAAAGAAGAAGAAGAAGUGUAAAGAUUAUAAGAAGAAACUGUCUCUGCAACAGAAGCAGCUGGAUUGGAGACCUGAGAGGAGAGCUGGAUCAUGCCGGAUGCGACAAGAACGAGUUGUCAUCAUCAGAAAUAUGUUUCACCCCACGGAUUUUGAGGAUGAUCCACUGGUGCUGAAUGAGAUCAGAGAAGACCUUCGAGUAGAAUGUUCCAAGUUUGGACAGAUUAGGAAGCUCCUUCUGUUUGAUAGGCACCCAGAUGGUGUGGCCUCUGUGUCCUUCAGGGAACCAGAGGAGGCUGAUUAUUGUAUUCAGACUCUUGAUGGAAGGUGGUUUGGUGGCCGUCAAAUCACUGCUCAAGCCUGGGAUGGAACUACAGAUUACCAGGUACAGGAGACAUCAAGAGAGAGAGAGGAAAGGCUGAGAGGCUGGGAGACAUUCCUAAGUGCCCCUGAGGCCAACAGAGGCCUCCAGCGCAUGGAUUCUAUCUGUGCUUCAGAAAAGGCAGGGCCUUCCACAGGAAGGCAUAUUUCAGAGCACCUGAACAUGUCUAACACGGGCGCUCAGGAAGCUAUAACUGGAAUGGCUUUUGAAGAAUCUAUCAAUGAAAAUAAGUUUGAAAAGGCAGAAGAUGGAAAAGAAUUUGAAGGAAAUGCUUCUGAAAAAGAUGCUAAAGAAGGUAGGUCUGAUGCUGAAGACCCUGAGAGAGAGAGUGAAGAGGGCUGCGCCAAGAGAGAGAGUGGAGAAGACCUCCCUGAGAGCGAGCUGGAAGAGGGUAAUCCUAAAAAGGAGUCUCAAGAGUGUGGUCCUGAAAGAGUAUCUAAGAAGAAAGGCAAAGGUAAUUAUGAAAAGAAUGGUCUUGCCAAAGGGUCUGAAGACAGUGACCACAGCAAAGGGACUGAAGGGGCAGACAGCCUCCAGAAAGAGUCAGAAGAUGAUGGCUCAGCAUCUGAGGAAUUCUGCUCAGAGAAGCAGUCUGAAGAUGGCUCUGAUGAAGACUUCGAAGAAAAUGGUGUUAAAAAUGCUUUCGACCAGGAUGCCUCCAAUAAGGAGUUCCCUGAAAAUGUUGAGAAAGAAUCAGAAGAAAACGACAGAGCCAAAUCAGAAUUUGAAGAAGGCUUUGAGAGAGUGGUAGGCGAGCAAGGCUCUGAGAGAGAGUUUGAUGAAGCCUUGGAUGACAAGGAGGAGGAAGACAGAGAGGAAGCAGUCGUAUUUGAAAGGGUUUUUGAGAAUGAGUCUGACGAGAAUGACGAUGACAUAGAAGCAGACAAAAAGAAGUGUGGAGAUGCUGAUGGCAAAGGAGAAGAAGAUGACGCAGAUGAGAAACUCUUCAAUGACCCCGAUGAAAAGGAAGAGGAACAAGAUACGGAUGUAAAGGCAGAUGAAGAUACCAAUGACAAGCUAUUUGAUGAUACUUCCAGUAAGAAGUUUUUUGUUGAGGAAGAAGGGCUUAAUGAAAAGUUGUUUGAUGAUUCUGAUGAGAGAGGGGCUGUGGGGAAUGUGAAGGAAGAUGGGUCUCAGUCCACAGACAGCAGCUUUGCCCUCGGUAGUGACGAUGAUGAUGAGAUAUAAUCCUUUCCGCUUGCUUUCUAGAGAGAGCCCUGUGUCUCUAUUUGCCUGUGCUUUCAGGGUCAGUAGUAGUGUUACAUCAACACGUAACACAAGUGAUAGGAUGCCGUCAGACUAGCGUCUCGAAGGUUUCUGUUCUCACAUGUACCAUUGAAUUUAAAUGUUCAUUGGUUCUUCAGUUAAAACUUCAUAGUUACAAUGCAGGUAAACUGGAUACCUGUUUUCUGUUGGAUUUGUUAAAUGCAUGCAAAAGAAUAGUUUUAAAGUAUCCUAAUUGGAAUUUAUGAUAUUCAGAAAUAAAGAUGAAUUGAUAAUAUGCAGACAAAACAAUUUUAUGCACAAAUUUAUCUUCAAAUUUAUGGAUAGACCAAUACAAAUUAAAUUAUGAGACAUGGUCCAGGACAGGCAAUGAACUAAACCUACUGUGCUUGAAUGUGUUUAGUGACAGACUAUGAAAAAUCAUUCAACAUAAACCGUUACUGAACAGCAUCCUAUAGAUAGGAAAGAAAACUAAUAAUUAAAAAGUUUACAAAGCAAUAGUUCCUGAUAAAGUUCUUUCAAAUAAAUAUAGACUAUCCUUCAAAUUAAUUACAUUAACAAUGAAGCAAUUUUCAAUUAAUUUUGUCAUUGGUUAUUCAUAAGGAGUGAUAGAGCAUGAUUAUAUACUUAAAAAUUAUUUUUACUGUUUUUAAUUACACAUUUGUAAAUGUGUCUGUGUAUGAACACAUGAGUACAGCUGCCCAAGAAGGCCAGAGGCACUGGAUAUUCUUGGAGUUGGAGUCACAGAAGAUUGUGAUCCACUUUAUAUUGUUUCUCAUAAUCAAACUCAGGUCCUUGGCAAGUGAAGUACCAACAUGUAAACGCUAUUUUCCAAACCCCCAAAUUUCAUCUUUAUGCAUAGAAAAACCACCAAUGAACUUAAAAUAUUCAAUUAUUUACUAUUGUAACUGGUAAUGCAGAUCAGAUUUCUAUACAUCUAAGUAGAUGUCACUUUAGGCUUCUUGUUCUUAUUCUAUCUGAGUUGGAGGGCUGAUCAAGCUAGCUGUCUUUGAAUGUGACCUAUCUUCUUUAUUUUAAUCAUACAUUGAAAAGUUGCUCACAUACAAGCUGCAUGAUUAGUUAUAUUUAACUUAUAUUCCUCAGUAAUUAUACUGUUCAUAUACACAGCCUGAUAGAAGCAUACCUCCCAGUCUCUGGUUCUUCUGGGAUGAUAAUGGUGUAUAGGUUGACAAGACAAGUUUGUUGGUUAAACGUUGUAAUCAUGUACAACAUGACUUCUGAAGUACCAAUAAUUAUAUUACUAAUGCCAUCUAAUUAUUAGCUGUUGUUUAUUGUUCUUAUGAAUUAAAGUAUUAAGAAAACUGUAAUUACAAUAUUGGUAGA